AGUAAUGCAAAGAUUUUCAUGUGGCUGAUGCAAACCUGUGGGAUUUGCAUCAUCAUCAUCGGGCAGCAAUAACCCAGAAUGACAGGAGCACAAUGAAACAGAAAUGGUCAGAGGCAUACGGAAGUUAGUCUAGUCUCUCACCGUAGAUAAGAGUAGACCAGCAAACUACAGGUGUUGCUGAGAAGUGAAAGACUGCUCCUGGAAUUAUUCUUUGGAAAGUUAAAAAGUAGAGCAGAUCUCGCCGCUCACGGCUGUCAGACUACAGAAACCACCUGCAAAUCAUUUUUUCUGAGUUGGAAAGGAUCCCUGCUACUGUUCAGCUCAUCAUGUAUAAGCAAGCAGCUGAUGAUGUAUACUGUGUAACCAAAGGGAAGGACUCACUCCGUACGGUGCCCUCAGCUGAUACAAAGAUGUCUGAGAAAAGAGAAAAAGUGGUGCUGAAAAAGAAAGUUACUCUGUUGAGAGGAAUUUCAAUAAUCAUUGGAACUAUUAUUGGAGCUGGGAUUUUUAUUUCUCCCAAAGGAAUCCUCCAAAAUACAGGGAGUGUAGGAAUGUCGCUGGUUGUAUGGACGGCCUGUGGCAUUCUCUCAUUAUUUGGUGCUCUCUGCUAUGCAGAGCUUGGAACUUGUAUCAAAAAAUCUGGGGGCCAUUAUACAUAUAUUUUGGAAGCUUUUGGCCCAUUACCUGCAUUCAUAAGAGUAUGGGUAGAGCUCUUGGUUAUACGCCCAGCUGCUACAGCGGUGAUAUCACUGGCAUUUGGACGGUAUAUCCUGGAGCCUUUCUUUAUACAAUGUGAAAUACCAGAUCUUGCUAUCAAGUUAGUGACAGCUUUGGGCAUCACUAUAGUAAUGGUCUUGAACAGUAUGAGUGUCAGCUGGAGCGCUCGGAUACAGAUUUUCUUGACCUUUUGCAAGCUUAUAGCAAUUCUGAUAAUUAUAGUCCCUGGAGUUCUACAGCUAAUUAAAGGAGAGACACAGAACUUCAAAGAUGCUUUUAUUGGAAAAGACGUCAGUGUUAUGGGGUUGCCCUUGGCAUUCUAUUCUGGAAUGUAUGCAUAUGCUGGAUGGUUUUACCUUAACUUUGUUACUGAAGAAGUUGAAAACCCAGAAAAAAACGUGCCUCUUGCGAUAUGCAUCUCGAUGGCCAUUGUUACAGUUGGCUAUGUCUUAACUAACGUGGCCUACUACACAACCAUAACUGCAGAAGAACUAGUCCUCUCCAGUGCUGUUGCCGUGACAUAUGCCGAGCGCCUUUUCGGGAGCUUUUCACUUGCAGUCCCAAUCUUUGUCGCUUUGUCUUGCUUUGGCUCAAUGAAUGGUGGUGUUUUUGCAGUUUCCAGAAUGUUUUAUGUUGCAUCCAGAGAGGGUCACCUUCCUGAAAUUCUCUCCAUGAUUCAUGUGCGCAAACACACUCCAUUGCCAGCUGUCAUUGUUUUGCUUCCGCUUACAAUGGUAAUGCUUUUCACUGGGGAUAUCUACAGCCUCCUGAAUUUUUUCAGUUUCGUUAGGUGGCUUUUUAUUGGCCUGGCUGUGGCUGGACUCAUUUAUCUGAGAUACAAACGACCCGAGAUGCAUCGCCCUUUCAAGGUGCCAAUAUUUAUACCAGCUUUAUUCUCUUUCACCUGCCUCUUCAUGGUUGCCUUGUCACUUUACGCAGACCCCAUCAAUACAGGGAUUGGUUUUGCCAUUACAUUGACUGGAGUGCCUGCCUAUUACCUGUUUAUCAUAUGGGAUAACAAACCAGAGUGGUUUCAGACAUUCUCAGAGAGAACCACUAUGAUGCUGCAAAUACUCCUGGAAGUUGCACCUGCAGACAAGUACAUUUCCUGAAUGGAACCUUCAGUAUGUGUUGCCAAAAAGAAUAUUUUGUUCUUCCAAGUUCUGAAAGGAGUGUCUGAAUCUAUAAAUUCAAUUAAGUGCCAGAAGACUUUACAAUGCACUGCUGUUUUACACCCCUUUACGACUUGACUGACGGAAUUUUGAAAAAUGAAAGAUGGGCAUAUUACUUUGUAAAUAUGUGGGAAUUACUAUGUUGAAUAUCAGUUUUUGAUGCCAGUUAUUUCACUCCAGGUGGGGAUCAUGUGUCUUUCUUGAGGAUUUAGGCCAUGUGGGCUGUUGAGCCCCAGCAAUAUCCAUGCUGACAUUCACUUUAAUCUCUAUGCAAUAGACUGUAUGCAAAAUGAUUUACUGUAGUACCUUCUAGUAAUGGUAUGUGUAGCUGACGGAAACACGCUUACAUGCAUCUCAACUUAUACUUGCCCAUGUGGCUUCAGCCAAAGGAACCCUCUUUGUUGUUGCUUUUAAGUAGAAUCAUAAAUGCUAUGACUAGUGAUGGGCGAAUUUGCGCCGCUUCGCCGAAAAAUUUGCGAAUUUUGCGCGAAAUUCGUGAAACUGCGAAAAAUUUGCGAAACGGCGCCGGCGUCUUUUUGAUGCCAGCGGCCGUUUUUCGAUGCGGUCGCCCGUUUUUGCCGCAUUUUUUUCAACGAAUUUUCGCGGGCGUUUCGCGAAUUUAUUCGCUGGACGUGAAUCGCGCAAAUUCGCGCCUAGCGAAUAAAUUCGCCCAUCACUAGCUAUGACCUUGCUACAGCCUAAUGUCAGUGCUACUCUGCUGAAUAAGUCACUCAACAUAGCCUUAUAUUAUGUAUCUUACUUCAAUGGGUAACAAAGCUAUAGUAGCACCUGGCUUGUACAGUUUCUAUGUUCCGAUGCUCAGGAGACUGAUAAGCAGUAGUGAUGGGUGAAUUUGUAGUAGUGAUGGGUCUCGUUUUUGACGCCGGCGCCCGUUUUUUC